AUGAUGAAGUAUUUAGCUGACGUUCUUAUUCCAUUUAAAUCCAUAUUCAAAAGUUUCAAAACUGUGCUAGAAUCGGGGAGCGUGGGGAACGCGUCAUCGUCUGAUGAGGAGUUGGAGCAGUGGGAGCAAAUAUUCAUGAUGAGAGAUGAAAACGGAAAUAGCUAUCAUGAUAAAAGGAAGAAACGCAGUAUAUGGUGCCGGCCUUCCUGCAUCCCUGUAUCCAUAGUGAUAGUGCUUAUAGUGUUGGUUGUGUUGGUACCACUGCUGGAUCAACCAAAUAUAGCACAUGUUCUUCCCACACCACAUGUCAAUUUGCACUGCUCCGAGGAAUGUAGGUUAUCAUUAGUAGAAAGUAUACCAGAAGGUCACAUGUAUCCCCCAAAUGUAACUCACAGGCCAACUAAGAACGCAUGGUUAGAUUUGAUAGACGAAGCUCAAACGUCCAUAGAAAUUGCCUCAUUCUAUUGGACACUUAGGUUUAAUGAGGAAUAUCCAUAUAAUUCUUCUAUAGAGGGCGAACAAGUAUUCCAGGCACUACUUGCAGCUGGGACAAAGAGGAAUAUAAAUUUGAAAAUUGCUCAAAACUGGCCCACCAAGCUAAACCCUAAUAUAGAUACCGAAUAUUUAGUUAAGAAAAAAGCGGCACAGGUACGGAGUCUCAACUUCUCGAAGCUUCUCGGCGGUGGCGUUUUGCAUACUAAAUUCUGGAUCAUAGAUAGAACACAUUUUUAUAUUGGUAGUGCCAACAUGGAUUGGAGGUCUUUGACACAGGUUAAAGAGUUGGGUAUAGUGGCGUACAAUUGUUCCUGCUUGGCGAACGACUUGGCGAAAAUAUUUGAUGUAUAUUGGACGCUGGGCACGUCGGACGCUGUAGUACCGGACAGCUGGCCAGCGGACCUCAGCACAGAUAUAGACAUGGAGCACCCCAUCAACAUAUCCGACGGUACUCACAGCUAUGGAGCCUUUAUUACUGUGACCAAAGCUCUAGGCGACAACCACCUUAGUCAUCAGCUAGCUAGGGCGUUAAGGUCAAUCCUUAAAUUAAUUCAAGGAAUAUCGGCACAAACUGCAGAAUAUCGCGGUAAUUUUGACCGGGCCAAACAGGAAGUAGAUUUUGAUAAAAACCCUUUUGAGUAUUCGAAAACCAUUUUUAAGAAAGAACGCGGACAGCUUCUCUUGACCAACGAUCAAAUUUACGACCAUUUUAAGAUCACAUACGAAUUGCCUAAAAGUGUAAGGCUCUAUACGGAUCCAAACGAACAAAAACCGGAAAUUCCUCAUAUCGAUUUUCACGGCAUACCACCAACGUUAGACGAAAUAAGUAGUCACAUAAAGAGGAAAUCAUCUAAAUCUGCACCGGGCCCCGAUGGUAUCCCAUAUAUAGUCUUUAAAAAAUGUCCAUCGGUUCGUAAACACCUCAUAAAUAUAUACGGCAAAAUCUGGUCAAGGAAGCAAAUCCCGGAGUGCUUCGGGAAAGCAAUUUUUGUCCUCAUUCCCAAAAAAGAUCGAGUUACCGAUCCGAAGGAUACUAGACCGAUAGCCUUAACAAAUACAAUAUCUAAAAUCUUUUUCUCGGUCCUACAAACGAGAAUGACGCGAUUCAUGCUCAGCAACAAGUAUUUUAGGCCAAAUCACCAGAAAGGGUUUCUACCCGGGAUUUCUGGAUGCCUAGAACACAACACCUUGCUGUCGGAGAGUUUAAAAGAUGCUAGAAAAAGCGAGCGGCAAAUUACAGUUUGUUGGAUAGACUUAGAGAACGCGUUCGGGUCGAUACAACACGAGUUGAUGCUAUUCGCGCUUAGAUGGUAUAACUUUCUACCCUUAGUUAGCGAUAUGAUUGCGUCGUAUUACUCAAAAUUAAAGUUUUCUAUUAUAACUAAAGAAGGCCCAUCAAAAAGUUUGAGUUACAAUGUAGGACUAUUCCAAGGGUGCUGUUUAUCUCCAAUAGUAUUUAAUAUUGUAAUCAAUAUCCUAGUAGAUAAACUUAUCAGCAAUGAGAAAAAAUGGGGGUAUCGGUUUAAGUUCAAUAACAAAUACACGGAAUCCAUUUUAGCGUUCGCUGACGAUCUCGCAAUACUGACACGUGACCCCAAACACUGUCAAGUACUAUUAGAUGAAGUGGAUAAAUUCUGUGAGUGGACGGACGGAUUGAGGACAAAACCAAAUAAAUGUCACUGUCUGUGUCUUGGUAGGCGGAAUACAAGAUACACCUCAUACGAUCCGGGACUAUCGAUAGGCGGUCAAUGCGUUUCUACGGUUACGGAAAAUGCACCAUUCAAGUUUCUCGGUCGUAAGAUUGAUAAUAUAGGUCGUACUCCAUCUUUAGAAGGAAUAGUAGAUAGCUUUUUAAAUGAUCUCAACAGGGUAGAUAGCCAGCAGAUCAGUAACGUAAAAAAAGCAUGGAUCUACGAUAAUUACUUAACUUCACGUUUGAAUUGGCCUUUCCUCGUCUAUGAUUUUAGUAAAACCCUUUUAUCUAAAUUAGAUGCAGGCGUCAUAAAGAUGUUGAAGUUGUGGCUCGGGCUCGCGCUAACGGCUGAUUCAUCGGCUUUAUUCAGGGAUCGUAAUAGUUUUGGGAUGAAUCUAAAAAGACCAUCGGAGCUCUACAAACACCUAAGAGUUUCCAAGAGACAUAUCCUGGGAAAAUCCCAUGAUGACGUCGUUACAUCACUCCCAAAAGACAAUGAUGCCCCAGAGCUAGAGUCACGACUUCAAUUCCAUAAACAAUUUAUGAUCGGAGCGCAAAAUAACAGAGUAGGGUUAGGAUCAAGUAGGAAAGUCCAAGAUACGGAUAUAUUGAAGUCUUUUAUUCGGCAAGACGAGAACGAUAAAUACAAGAUCCAUGCAAUGAGUUUAGAAAUGCAGAACGAGUGGUUAGACAUAGGAGAUUUUUGCAUUCCACUAGCACUAAAAUGGCGCACUCUAAUUCAUGACUGGUCGCCAGCCUUGCUAAAAUUUUAUCUCAAUGCGUUCCAGAUGACUCUCCCAGAUCAGAGUAAUUUAGUAAGAUGGGGUAAAGGUACCGAAAAAACUUGCUAUAUCUGCGGAAAGGCAGUUGGAACUGCUAAGCAUUUGCUGGUGGGAUGUAAGGUACUCCUGGACAGCGGUCAAUACUCGCGUCGUCACGAUAGGGUUUUAGAGAUCAUACGUUUUGUGAGAGAGGGCACCAGGGCUAUAAAAUCAAACGUCAAGCCUUACUCUAUCCUUAAAGCGGCUUCGGAUUGGACUAUCAUGAUGGAUACGUAUGAGAAACAAUACAAAAUCCCCGAGGAUAUUUGUGCGUCGGCCUCCAGACCAGACAUAUUUCUAUAUUCGCGUAUUUUAAAGCGCGUUGUGAUGAUAGAGCUUACGGUGCCUUGGGAAACCAACAUCCCCAAAGACCAUGCCAUCAAGGUCAAUAAGUAUUACGAGCUCACUAACGAACUAACUCGAAAUAGGUUCGUCGUUGAUUUGUACGCGGUAGAGGUGGGAGCGAGAGGUAUAACAGCUAAAUCUCUCUAUAACCUACUUAAAGACUUGGGCCUGUCCAGAACUAACAUUAAUUCAUUCUUGGAACGUACGUCGAAGGCAGCCCUAGUAGGUUCUUUUCAAAUUUGGUUAGGUAGGGAGAGGAACUUGGACAGUGGAGGUGAGCGUAUAACGCACAGCUCUCCGCCGCCGCUGAGUCCUACCGGUCGUACUAAUGAUGACGACGCCAUCGUCAACAUCAUACACUCCGCUGAGGAGUUCGUUUACGUCGCUGUCAUGGAUUACGCACCAGCUCUCGAGUACACGCCGAAACUACAGUUCUGGCCUAAAAUAGACGACGCUUUACGUCGCGCUGCCUUAGAGACGCGAACCAGAGUUCGUUUGUUAGUGAGCUGGUGGAAACACUCGCAGCCGGCCGAGGAACACUUCCUGGCGUCACUGGCGGCGCUACAAGGAGCUUACACCAGGGUCGACAUACAAGUGAGACGCUUCAUAGUCCCGUCGACUCCCGAGCAGGACAAGAUACCCUACGCUCGAGUGAACCACAACAAGUACAUGGUGACUGACAAGAGCGCGUACAUCGGCACCUCCAACUGGUACGGAGACUACUUCGUGGAUACGGCCGGAGUGGCGUUUGUAUACCAGCCUCACGAUCAGAACACUACUAAGGAUAUAAGGAGAGAAUUACAGGAAGUAUUUGAGAGAGAUUGGAACUCACCCUACGCUGUGCCCCUUAGAAGAUUAUAG